AGGCCGUCUAGCAUGUUUCAGCUACGCAAAUUUGCGGUGAUUGGUUGGUUGGCUUUUGUGGUAAACUGUGGCAGCUUUGGGAUCCAGGGCAGUCUUGACUUUCAUGGAGCUUUAAUAGACAGUGUCAAGGAAGAGACACCAUCAGCCACAACUGUAACCGUGAUGAAUAGGAUGUCAGAGUCCACGAGUGCCCCAAUUCAGACAUCGACGACUAGCUCCGAACGGAUAUGCACGAAGUCUAUUGCCAUGCUGACCCUGUUCACUCCAAGUUCCGCUGUUCACUUGCCAUGCAGUGUAAGAAGCACCCCGAUAUCCAACGGGCAACCGCACCAGGAAUCGGCAUUCAAAUCAAUCAAAACCCCUUACUUCCAGCAAAACAAGACUACGUACUCCCGUUCCCGCAUCGAGGACGCCCGUCUCAUCCAAGUUUCCUUCGAGGUCUGGGUCACCCCACUUGUCAUCGACUGUGCCUAUGAUAUUGUCAGAGAGGUGAUUCCUCUGCCCCUAGAAGACCAUAUACGCCCUCAAGAAUCAACCCAAGUCGACCUUGCCGUUGAACCCAGCGGUGUCUCGCGAGUUAGACACGUCUGUGAGUUAGUUGAAUGUCAGAGGUGGGAUGACGAUGACCCCUUAAUCUGGAUGCAACAGGACAACGAUGCUCGUGGAAAGAGAAUCCGUGCUUGUACUCACGCCUUACAGCAAUACAUAAAGGCUCGUCGGUCUGCCGUGACCGACGAUUGUUGUAAGAUGGACGUGGUUACUUUUCAAUAGUAG